AUGACAACUGCCAGUGAGCUCAAACUAGAGCCAAAGGAUAUUGAACAGUCAGCAGAUGGAAGUUCCUCGCAUGCAAACCUAUCAAAAACUCAAAACGAAGCUCCCUUGUCGCGAGAGGUUACUACAACUCCCCUGACAAACAAACACAUGUCGCCAGCUCUGGACUUUUCAUGUCGAUGGAGUGAAUGCAAUGAGACGCAGCAUGCAAAUCUCACCAAUCUAGUUAACCAUGUAAAUGCUACACAUGUUGGACCACCUACCCAUGGCACCCAACCAGCAUCAUCAACGAAUCCGAAAAACAUUUGCCUUUGGGAAAAUUGCUCACGAUAUGGAGUCGAGCAACCUAGCAGAUUCUCCUUGAUAUCUCAUUGUCGUACACAUACAGGCGAAAAGCCAUUUUUCUGUCCUAUACCCGAAUGUGAGAAACACUUUACGCGAUCUGAUGCAUUAACGAAACAUGUAAAGGGAGUUCAUGAUUUACAUCAUGUCAAGGACCAAUUGAGUUCAUUAAAGGAGAAAGCUGAGCGAGGACAGUUGGAUUUGGGUUUCAAUUUGGCAAACUUGAGUGAUGAAGAGUAUGCUAGGAUCAUUGACGAAGAUUUCGAAUUGAAAAUGCCGUGGUGGUUCAACAAUGAAUUUGUUGAUAUAUUGAAGGAGGUGGAUGCAAAGUCAGAAAAUGGGUUCACUGUGCGAGAUAUUGAGAAUAUCCCACUAGACGCAAGGCAGUACUGGUUGAGCGACAUUAGAAUUAAACAAUUUUUGAAUUCGAGGCUGGAGGAGGAGGAGGAGGAGACGAAAUUCGUCAACGAUUACGAUGUUAAUAAUGACAUAAUUAACAUUGCCAAGAAACAAUAUCAAACUGAACAUCCCGAUGAGCCCGUUCCCGAAAUCAGUAGUAACAAGCUUUUACAAUAUUUAUCCCAAGAUUCCAGAAAUUUAGCCUCAAAGUAUGUACAAAGGAACCAAGUAUUGGACGAGGUGGAAAACAUUGAUAAAAUAAACGACUUGUGGCAAUUGAAAAAGUUGCACGAUUCGUUGUUAAACCAAUUGCGUACUGGAUUGAAAAUUAACAAAAUUGUGUCUAAUCAAUUGCAGACAAAGAUCAAGGAGAAGCGUCAACUUUGGAUCCGCAAUCAGUUGCUUAUUGAUGCUAACGUACAGAUUGGAUUACCGCCAGAUGCCAACUCCACACAGCACAGGGUAAUACAAGAUCAAUUUGACGAGGAACUAUUACGAAAUUGA